GUUUCACUACAACAUAAAGACGCCCAAGGAACCGUGAAGAUGUCAGUAUUAUUUCUCUCAACAAUUUUAGAUGGUAUAAAAGGACCCCCGUUGACCAAGGGUAGUCAGUUCAGAGUCACCCUCCACAACACCAUAGAACUCGUCCAAAGAAUCUGUCUGAACUCCGUGAUGAUGCACCCCCUGUUAUACCUGAUGCUGCUGGCCGGGCCAUGCCUGGCGCGCUACCGCUUCGAGCCCCGGAACCUAAUUGAGCGCGACGACCUGCAGGAGAAAGGUGAGUGGGUCGACUGCCCAGUGUGUGAGACGCCCAGCUACUCCUCGCUGACGAGCGACGAAGGAUGCGAGAUGCAUAACGGCAGGCCCGCGAAGCUCUGCCUCCACGGGACCUACAUCAACAAAGUCUGCGGCUCUAGGCGGGACUGUUAUCGGGGCCCUGAUGAGCCAUGCACCGAGAAGUUGGACAACGAUGAAUUCGGGUGGAAGUGCGCUCCAGGAUCGACUUGCUCCAGCGUCACUGGAAAAUGCAUAGGUCUCGGCAACCCGUACAGGAACGGCCAGUUGCAUUUAAUAAACCCAUAUGAGAGAUACCCACUCCGGAACCGACGUGAUAUUUAAAUUUUAAAUGGCUGCUGUUUGUUGUAAAGUUGAUGGUUAACGAUAUAUUUACAUAUUUCGCCUUAUUAUAAAGUAGUAAGGUGCAAUAGUGUAAACAUAUCUUUGACGUCGACUGUACCUGAACAUACAUUCACGUGAUAAAGAUUUCCUUAUAUACCUAACUACAAUACAAAUGUAUGCGAAUAAAGCAAGUUUAUUUUGAAAAAGCAUCAUGUAGGCAUAUUAAUAAUUGUGAUCUCUAAUUGUAACUGAAUGAUCUCAUAUAUUACAUUUGCUUAUUUAAUGUAUUAAUAACAGUUUUAAUAAAUUAAUAUAAUACUUUCGAUUAAAUGUUUUACUUAAAACACGCUACCAACAUAACAACCAAGUUUAACAGCAUUUCAGUGCGUUGCUCUGUGGGCUCGAUAAAUUUUCUUAUCUGUGAGCUGUCUUCUGUCUGCCGGCAGCGCCGGCGGUUUUUCGUGUUGCGGCUUUAAUUUGUGAAAUUUUGUAAUGAAAAUAAUUAUUAAAUAAUUUAAAAGUUUUUAUUGGUAUAGUUUGUGCAUAUAUCUCAGUCAAUCCGAUUUAAAGAAUCCUUCUACCUACAAAAGAAGUGCUUAUCGGUGUGGUAAGUUUUUUUUUAAUAAUUUUCUGCGAUGCGAUUUCAGUUCAUUGUCUUUGUUAGGGGAAGUCCACUGGGUCGAGUACAUCUACAUUCGAUUAUGAUUUAAAAGAUCUAGCCUGAUAAAAAACAUUUUGUUUUACUAUAAUUACAUUUGAGUCUGGUUUACCAUGGCCCCAGUCCAGUAUAGUUUCUUUUGUUAAUCAUACGUGCAUGACUAUUCAGUAAAUAUAUUCAUUUAAAAUAUCGUGUGGCAAUAAAGUUUGAUAGUGCAGUUUUAUUCUAGACAAUCAACAAGUAAGUUUCCUAGUGUCUCAUGACAUGUUACAACAUUAAAAUUGAUUAAUUAUCCUACCCACAAUCUGUGGUUUAGGCCAAUAUAAUAAAAAAAAUUGCUAUAUUAUAUUUGCUUUGUUUUAGAUAUAAUAAAAUGUACACCAUACAAG